AUGCUCAUCCUCAUGCCCAUCCUCGUCCUCAUCAGCCAACGCCUCGUCACUCUGUGUCGCGUCCUUAUUAGCCAUGCCUGCCUGCUUGCUUGCCUGCCUGUCCACAUUGGACCCUGGCAUUUUAAGACAUCCAUGUUGCUAGGGGUUCCUCGUAUUCAAUGUUUGAUCUGCCAAUUUCAGUCCCAGCACGUACCAGUACGCGCUGAAGGAUCGCAAUUGAGCAAUUCAGGGAUUCGAGGUGAGUGCAAUACAGUCAGUACAAGAUGGGAAGCUAGCAUCUGGAAGUUAUUCUGUCCAAUCCACGUUUGA